AGCAGGCAGUACUUCGCGCCUCGAUAACACCAUGGCCGACGCCACUAGUAUUCGUCAUGGCACCAUGGGCAGGAGAGUCAUGGUGAAAUCAAACAUGUUCUCGCUCAAACUCAAGAAAGCAUUGAAUAUCCAUCAAUACGACGAAAUUAAACCCGAUUUCGUCGCCGAAAACUUCUCAUUACCGCCCAACAAGCCGUUAGAAAUCAUGACCCGCCUCCAGAAUAGGGAAGCUGGGCAAUUCAACCCUCGUGGCGCCUUUGACGGCAAAAAGAUAUUCUGGUCUACCGUGGAUCUUCCCUUUGGUCCAAAGGCUGAGUUCACUAUCGAGCUUAAUGAGCAGGACCCUAAUCGACCACGAGACAAUCCUAAUCGCGUGAAAGUCCUACUGGUAAAGGUCGCCGUCAUUGAUAACCACAUGCUUCGAAAUGUCGGUGCUGAGGACGCUGUGUUCAAUCCACGCGCAAUGACCGCAUUGAACAUGAUGAAUGUUCUGCUAAGGAUCGCACCAGCGAGCAAAUGGCCGCAUAAUGCCAGGUCUUUUUACACAAACCAUGACAAGAUGGACCACCAAGGACUAGAGUUAUGGAGAGGCUACUUUCAGAGCGUUCGACCUAUCAUCGGAAACAAUCUGGCGGUUAAUGUUGAUAUGUCUGCGGGGGUCAUGAUUCCAGCGAGAGCACGGCUUAUAGAUCUCGCCAUGCGUUACUUGGGUUUGCGAGAUGCACGGCAGCUGUCGGAUGAGCGCAACUUCCAACGCCUUCGGUCUUUUUUGCGUCAUUUGGCUGUCGAAGUCGAUCUUCCUAUGCAUCGCGGAAGGUUUAAAAAGGUGGUGGACAUCGUUCGCGGGGGCGGUGCCCAAACGUUCACGAACAAAGACGGCGUGGAAAUCACUGUGGAGCAACACUUCCAACAAAUUCACAACGUUCGAACCCAGUUUAGAGAUUUACCUGGCAUUCGCGUCGGACGAUCGGACAUUUUCCCGAUCGAGUUCUGCCUUACAGGCAAGGCUCAACUGUACCGUAGCAAACUCAGCGGGGAGUUCACUACGAAGAUGCUCACCUUUACAUCUCAGAGACCUGAAGCCCGGCUGGCACAGAUCUGCAAUGGAUGGAACGACCUGGAAUACCACAAUUCCGACUAUGUCUUAAACGCCGGAAUGGAGAUCUCAAACACCCCGGCCCAAGUUAAAGCUAGGGUCCUUGAUCCUCCCGGCAUCGGUUACACUGGGGAUGACGUUAAUAUGAACCGCACACCAGGUUCUUGGAACGUCUUGGGCAAGCGAUUCUUCAAGCCUGCUAACUUGGAGAAAUGGGCUGUCGUAUCGUUUGCUGGCGAGAUGGCAAAUGAUGGAGCUAUCGCCGCGUUUGUGAACACCCUUGGAUCAGUCCUGGUAGAACGAGCUGUCGGCAAUCCCGGGCCCACUAUCUUCCAGCAUCCUGGUCGAGUUGAGGCUGCUCUCGAUGAAGUCGCCAAGAGAUACCCCAAUGCUCCAGGACAACGCAAAACCAUGAUAUUGAUUAUCCUUCGUGAAAACUCUCCAGAUGCAUAUGAUCGUAUCAAGAUGUGGGGGACCAGUCGCCAAGGGUAUAUCACCUCAUGCGUUAGAUGGGGCAAGAAAAUGAAUAACCAGUAUUGUAAUAAUCUGGCGUUGAAGAUAAACGGUAAAAUGGAUGGAAUCAACUCUAUCCCGCAGGAUCGCUGCAUGAAGGAGUUUGCGUCGUUGCCUACCAUGGUCAUCGGAGGCGAUGUGAGCCAUCCCGGUCCAGGGGACAAUUCUCGUCCGUCUAUCGCAGCUUUAGUUGCCUCAUACGACGAAAACGCAUGCCGUUAUGUCGCCGAUAUUCGACCUCAGCGUUCUCGAGUGGAAAUCAUCCAAGAAAUGGAGGCCAUGACAAUUAAAAUGCUGGACAACUUUGUCCAAAAAAACGGAAUUCCUCCAAAACGCAUUGUCUACUACCGUGACGGAGUAUCUGAGGGCGAGUUACCUACAGUCGGAGACCACGAAAAGGAAGCAAUACGGGCGGCCAUCAAGAGCAGAUACCCCGCAUACGGCAUCCCAAACCCAAACCCGGACGAGCUAGUGGGACUCACUAUGAUUGUCGUCGCCAAGCGUCAUCACGUCCGAUUCUUUCCUGUAGACCCCAGGGACCUGAAUCAGGCGGACAGGAUUUCACAAAACUGCAUCGCCGGUUCCGUUGUGGACCACGAUGUCGUUCAUCCCGGGCUGAAAGAUUUCUACUUGCUAUCCCAUGCAGGUAUCAAAGGCACAAGCAGGCCGGCGCACUACAUCGUACUCUCGCAUAAUAACGUCUUCUCUAAGCUUCGUGGACAAGAUGGUCGUCCUGUGACGUGGAAUAUUGACAUGCUUCAAGGAAUGUCGUUUGCGCUUUGUCACGCCUACUUCCCUGCGACCCGCUCGGUUUCCAUCCCGGCUCCGAAGGUAUGCCAGUUGGCGAAGACGCAUUUCGCCAAUUGGAUCGACGACACCAGCUCGGUCAUGUCGGACAAAGUACCCUCCUAUGAGGACUUUGUUUCAAACUUCCAUUCUGUUCAUCCAGCGUUGAGGGAUAGCAUGUACUGGUUGUAGAGCUCGAUGAUCUGUUCCAAGGACAGCACGGUGUUUCUUCUGUUCGCGUUGAUUCGUAGCGUAGCAAUGUAAGAUUAGCAUACCCCACUCAAUCUCGGC